AUGGCCAACCAAACUCCCGCCGUUGUCAUGGACAAGCAACUCACCAGCGGCACGGGUUUCUCCAAGCUAGGUUUCGCCGGCAACGAUUCUCCCUCCUUCGUCUUCCCGACCGCGAUCGCAACCAAGGGGCCAGCUGGCGGAGCUGGUGGCUCCGGCUCAGGACGACCGGCCGUUGCGAACAAGCCUUCUUUCCUCACCGGAGGUGCUGGACCUGGCGGUCACUUGAGCGCAAAGAGAGGAACUGAGGAUCUCGACUUCUUUAUUGGUGAUGAGGCGAUUGCUGCCUCGGGCGGACCAGGAUACGGCCUUCACUAUCCCAUCCGACACGGUCAAAUAGAGAACUGGGACCACAUGGAACGGUUCUGGUCCAACUCCAUCUUCAAAUACCUCCGAGUCGAGCCCGAAGACCACUACUUCCUCCUCACCGAGCCUCCCCUGAACCCUCCCGAGAACCGAGAGAACACCGCCGAGAUCUUCUUCGAGUCGUUCAACUGUGCCGGCAUGUACAUCGCCGUCCAGGCCGUCCUCGCCCUGGCUGCUUCUUGGACAUCCUCCAAGGUCCAAGAUCGAUCGCUGACUGGAACGGUCAUUGACUCCGGUGAUGGUGUCACCCACGUUAUCCCCGUGGCCGAGGGUUAUGUCAUUGGAUCCUCGAUCAAGUCGAUCCCCAUCGCCGGUCGAGACAUCACCUACUUUGUGCAAUCCCUGCUGCGAGACCGCGGCGAGCCCGACUCGUCUCUCAAGACUGCCCAGGAAAUCAAGGAGGAAUACUGCUAUGUGUGCCCCGAUAUCGUCAAGGAGUUUGGCAAAUACGACCGAGACCGCACCCGAUUCGCCCAGCACGUCGUGUCGUACCCCAAUGGCCGCCAGGUCGCCGUCGACGUCGGUUACGAGCGUUUCCUUGCCCCCGAGAUCUUCUUCAACCCCGAGAUCUACAGCUCCGAUUUCCUGACUCCUCUCCCCGUUGUUGUCGAUGGUGUCAUCCAGCAGUCGCCCAUCGAUGUUCGACGAGGCCUGUACAAGAACAUUGUCCUUUCCGGUGGUAGCACGCUAUACAAGGAUUUCGGCCGACGAUUACAGCGAGACAUCAAGCAGCUGGUGGAUGCCAGAAUCCGAGCCAGCGAGGUCCGCAGCGGUGGUGCUCGAAGCGGUGGUCUGGACGUGCAGGUCAUUACCCAUAAGCGACAGCGACAUGGUCCUUGGUUCGGUGGCAGCCUUCUUGGCCAGACACCUGAGUUCCGAUCGUACUGCCAUACCAAGGCAGAGUACCAAGAAUAUGGCCCUAGCAUUGUGCGGAGAUUUGCUCUGCUGGGUGGUCCCGGUGGUUCUUAG